ACCAACCAUGGUUUCGGUUUCUGUCCUCCUCGAGGAUCAUUGGUGCCAGCAGUGGCAGGAUGAUGAUAAGAAUGAGGAGGAGGUGGCUGUCUCUUUCCAGGCUCGUUCGCAGCACAACAACAAUAAUCCCCCACUGCCACCACUACUACCACAGCAGCAGUAGUAGUCAUCAAUCCUCUUCUCAAUUUCUCAACAGGGGGAGGAAAUGGGAUGCGGUGGUGAUUGGUGGAGGACACAACGGCCUAACUGCUGCUGCUUACCUUGCAAAAUCUGGCCUUAAAGUGGCCGUGUUGGAGAGGCGUCACGUCAUAGGGGGAGCCGCCGUCACAGAGGAGCUUAUCCCGGGCUUUAAGUUCUCCCGCUGCAGUUACCUGCACAGCCUCCUCCGCCCCUGCGUCAUCAAGGAAUUGGACUUAAAGAGGCAUGGACUCAGGUUUCUGAAACGGAACCCGUCAUCCUUCACCCCUUGCUUGGAUGGCCGUUAUCUUCUUUUGGGCCCUGACGCGACCCUCAAUCAUAGCGAGAUCUCCAAGUUCUCAGAACGAGAUGCAAUUGCCUACCCAAAGUAUGAAGGACAGUUAACCAAAUUUUGUAAUAUCAUGGACUCCCUUUUGGACUUGCCUACUCCUGAAAUUAAAAGUGAUCUGACAUCCAGUAUUGAUUUUAUGGCGGAUAAGUUUAAAAAAUCAGCAUUCUGGGCUCGUCUUCUGCAACAAUCAUUCCUUUUGGGACAAAAGGACAUGGUUGACUUCAUGGAACUCAUGGUUUCUCCUGCCUCAAGGGUCUUGAAUAACUGGUUUGAGGCUGAGAUAUUGAAGGCAACACUUGCAACUGAUGCAGUCAUUGGGACUACGGCAAGUGUUCAUACGCCUGGCAGUGGCUACAUUUUGCUACAUCAUGUAAUGGGAGAAACGGAUGGUGAACGUGGAGUUUGGUCAUACUCAAGAGAAGUUCUAGGCUGCAUAAGUCCUUCCUCAAAAGAAUUCGCCCACGAAUUUGGGGGCUCAUUGUCGGAAUCAUCACCACAAUAUGGAACGAGAUGCUUGAGAUUAAAAACAUCAAAGGUCUGCCAUGUGACAGUGGAUGAAAGCUCUGGAAGAGUAAAUGGAGUAAUGCUCUCUGACGGCACACAUGUUUUUGCUUCAAAUGUUCUGUCAAAUGCCACCCCAUACUUAACUUUUAUGGAGUUGGUUCCUAAGAAUGUAAUUCCUGAAGAGUUUAUGAAUGCCAUUAGAAACUUGGACUACAGCUCGGGAACCACUAAAAUAAAUAUAGCAGUGGAUAGAUUGCCCCAUUUCCAAUGUUGCAGACCUGAUCUUUCCAAAGCUGGUCCUCAGCAUCAUGGCACCAUACACAUUGGUGCUGAAAGCUUGGAAGAGCUUGAUAUAGCCUAUAAAGAUGGUGUGAAUGGUUUGCCAUCAAAGCGGCCUAUUAUAGAGAUGACAAUACCGUCUGUAUUGGACAAGACAAUAUCACCACCUGGAAAGCAUGUCGUCAAUUUAUUCGUUCAAUACACUCCUUACAAACUUUCAGAAGGUUGCUGGCAGGAUCUCUCGUUUAGGGAAUCAUUUGCUCGGAGAUGCUUUGCAUUAAUUGAUGAAUAUGCCCCAGGCUUCAGCUCAUCAAUCAUUGGCUACGACAUGCUCUCACCACCAGAUCUUGAGAAGGAAUUUGGGCUGACGGGGGGGAACAUAUUCCAUGGUGCAAUGAGUUUGGACUCUCUUUUCCUGAUGCGGCCUGUGAAAGGAUGGUCAGGUUAUAGGACACCACUGAGAGGACUAUAUCUUUGUGGGAGUGGUUCACAUCCUGGAGGUGGUGUCAUGGGAGCACCCGGUCGAAAUGCUGCUAAUGUGGUUCUUCAAGAUAUCAAAACCUCAGCUGCCUGAUCAUGAAAUGCAAAUUUAGUUGUAACAAACAACAGUGCAUGUACUCCUCUCCCCAUGGGAGCAAAUUGUACAAUUUCUCUCUUGGGCAAAAGGCAACUUAGAAGGACAAUCUUGACCUGAAAUAUGGGGUUCCACUUAGAAUCAAUAGAUGAGUAAUUAAAAAGGGAAAGAAAGGAGGAAAAAGGAAUUGAGUUCUAAAGAUGACCGAUUACUAUGAAUAAUAGGAACAGAGACCAUUUAGUUUUGGUACAAGGAGGUCACCACUAUUUUUAGCCAUUGGAUGUGACACUCAAUAGAUGGAAAUACGUCACAAUAUUUGAUAAAUUUUAUUUUAGAUUUUAUGUCAAAACAGCGACACACUUCAACCACUUAAUUUUAAGUCUUCCUUUUAUCGAAAGGACUUUCUUGUAUCAAAA